AUGACCUCCUCCAUCACCAACGCCCUCCCCAGCCUCGGCAAGGCCCGCAUCCUCAUCAACUCCCCCGACGAUGUUGUCGUUGUCUCCGCAGUCCGCACCCCCUUCACCAAGGGCGGUCUCAAGGACAUGCUUCCCGAGGAUCUCAUGAAGGUCGUCAUGCAGGAGAGCAUCAAGCGCGCUGGUGUUAAGCCCGAGCUUCUUGGACGCCCGCGAUCCGCACGGCUUCUUCGAGAGUACGAGCUGACAAUGAGUGACGUUCAGGUCGGCACCGUCCUCCCCCCCGGCAUGGGCGCCACCGUCGCCCGCAUGGCCCAGCUCUCGGCCGGCAUCCCUUACACCGUCCCUCUCCAGACUCUUUCGCGCCAGUGCUCGUCUGGUCUCCAGGCCGUUGUUAACGUCGCCAACUCGAUCAAGGUCGGCGACUACGACAUUGGUAUGGCUGUUGGUGUCGAGUCCAUGACUGCCAACUAUGGUGCUGCGACUAUGCCCCCCGCCUUCUCUGACGACGUCAUGGAGAACCCGGAGUCGGCUGACUGCCUUCUCCCCAUGGGUAUCACUUCUGAGAAUGUCGCCAAGCAGUAUGGCAUCGGCCGCAAGGAGCAGGACGAGUUCGCCGCCAAGUCGCAGCAGAAGGCUUUCGCCGCCCAGAAGGCCGGCCUUUUCAAGGAGGAGACCGUCCCCGUCAAGGCUCACUGGACCGACCCGAAGACGGAGGAGGAGAAGGAGAUCAUUGUCGACUCCGACGACGGAAUCCGUGACGGUGUCACCGCCGAGUCCCUCGGCAAGCUCAAGCCCGCUUUCGCUAAGGACGGCUGCACCCACGCCGGUAACGCCUCCCAGGUUUCUGACGGCGCCGCCGCCGUCAUCCUCGCUCGCCGCUCGACCGCCCAGAAGCUCGGCCUCCCUAUCCUCGGCAAGUACGUCGGCUCCGUCGUAGUCGGUGUUCCCCCCAAGAUCAUGGGCAUUGGCCCCGCCGCUGCCAUUCCCAAGCUCCUCGAGAACUACAACCUCAAGGUCGACGACAUUGACCUCUUUGAGAUCAACGAGGCUUUCGCUUCCCAGGCCGUCAUGUCCAUCAAGCACUGCGGAAUUCCCUUCGAGAAGGUUAACCCUGUCGGUGGAGCCAUCGCUUUCGGCCACCCCCUCGGUGCCACCGGCGCUCGUCAGCUCGCUACCGCCUUCUCCGAGGCCAAGCGCAAUGGUCAGAAGACCAUUGUCACCUCCAUGUGUAUCGGUGAGUACCCCACGUGA